GCUCCGUAUUCGAGGAAGAGAGAUACGCCGAGGGCAACGGCCAUCGGUGUUUAUAGUCUCAAUCCCGUCUCGACGACGGAUGAACUGCUACUAACGCCGCUAAGUCCGGCGAGCCUCGGCUCGACGUUGACAUAGAGACGGUAUUCAUGUUACAUAUUGGGAUCUUUUUAAUGGAGAGAAGACGGGAGAUACACAGUACCCUUUGACAUUCACUAACCUCGGCCUGGCCUCGAAUCCCGUUCCUUGCAAAGCGCCCCUUGCCAACCAUGUCAGCCUCCGCAACCUCGCCCGGCCGCCUGCUGCGCCUCACGCUCCAGAUCUACACCAAGAAGGAAACGCCGCUGGAGGAAGCAGAGAAGUUCUCGCGCGAGUACCUCUCCAAGGUCGCUAGCAUCCAUGCCAGAAACGGCAUCGAGAUAUAUCAGAUGGUCUACACGCCAGCACCGUUCCGCGAGGCACUCGACGGCAUGAACCGGCGCAACAAGCGCGGCUGGGUGAUCGACGACCACGACAUCACGGUCGAGUUCUACUUCCACAACUUGGCCGAGCUCACCCGGGUCAACCAGGACCCCGAGUUCCAGGCCCUGCAGGCCGCCGAGGGGCCCUACGUCAACCUCGUCCACACCGUCGCCGCGCUGGGGUGGGUCGAGAAGUACGUCGACGGCGGCCGCGUCGUCCACCUCGGCGCCGAUGGCAGGUCGGCGUACCCGCCGUGGGCCGAGCUGCGCAACAUUUCCACGGCCUUGCCGCCGGCCCAGGCCCAGGCGGAGGAUGGCGGGAGCGAUUCCGUGUGAAGAGGUCUAGCUAGUUUUUAGAAAAGGGAACACCAGGAAGGCGGUUGAAGUUUUGUGGAUGCAGCCGAAUCGUGAUAUUCGUGAUCUAAGGAAGAAUAAGCACUAAUUCUUGGACGCGCAUAGCCGGUAGCUUAUACGUCGUCGCCUGCCUCGCUUAAAGAGCUCAGUCCUUCUUUUAAUGACGUACAGAAAUCUCCAGAAUCAGCAUCUUUCAACGUUAUUCUGCCUACCUGGAUGUGCAUGACCUGUCACUGACAACCCUAGGUACAGAUUAGCGCCGGCACCAACUCAAUUUUACCCAAUUCAAUCGAUCAAAUAUAGCCAUUGGUAAUC